AUGGAUGGAAGGAAAUAUUUGAUGAGAUUUAACAUGGUCAUUCACACCAGACAAUAUUUUUGGAGGAAGUUUUUGACACAUCAAACAGAGUGAUUCCUUCAUUCCGGACCAGACCAUCCAACAUAUAAUGUUCCCACCACUGUCCAAAUGGAAGUGUAAACACUUUUCUUCAGUCUGUUUGUACAGUGAUUACAAUCAAUGCUGUCUGGCUCAUCGUUGGUCUGUGAGCGUCAUCCCCCUCAAUCCCCCGCUUCAUUUUGGGUGAGAGCAGAUUAGUCAGGAGACACCAGCUGCUGUGGAAUUGCUUGAAACAGUGCCAUUUCUGCUGUGAUGUUGUUAUGUAAAAGUGACCAGUGAGAAAGACUGUGUUCAAACCCCACAGAGAAGGCGAACUUGACCCAAACAGAAUGGGGGGAGGGGGGGUCUCAACUGCGCCUGUAAACCAUAAUUUUCACUUCCCACACAUUUGUCUGGUUGAAAAUAACACCUAAGCUUCUUUACUUUGUGGUAAAUUGAGCUAUUUUUAGCUGGUUUGUGAAGAAUGUUGGCCGCAUAAUCAAAGUGUGAAUUCACAGCUGACGCUACUGAAACACUGAAACAUGAAAGAAAGAAAAUAUUUGGUGUCAGGAUUGUUUACGUGUCUCAUGUGAAACUGAAGAGACUUCAAGGUGGUCAUGUGACCGGAUAGCUGUUUCCUCUGCGGAUAAUAUACACAAAGAAGAAGGUACUUUCUCAGGAGUAUUACUGUCAGUGCUCGGUGUUAGAAGUGUGAUUGAGUGAGUCAGAACUUCAUGCAUUUUUCUGUAGGAGGACCAUUUCAUCUACAGAUUUAACAUUUAGACUGUGACGGUGAAAGUAAAUAACCUGUGAAUUAAUUAUAACAACAACUUUCCGAUGGGGUUCAGUCACAUUUCUGGGUGUUUGAAAUUUUUAGACCUUCUUUUUUUACAUGUUUGUGACAGACAUUUCAGUAGUUCAUUUAGGGCAAUUAAUAAACCAAAACAACACCAAAGAAAGAAAGAAAGACAGAACCUCCAACUGUCUGGGGGAAAAUUCUAGCAGAUAACACAUUUAAACCUAUUUUGCUGUGUUUUUUUAGAAUAGAUUUUUCCUGCACCCCCUGAUGUGUAGAUUACCAGUGAAGCUGACUGUUUUUCCUCCUUCAGUGAUUGUAGCUGCCUCCUCUGUGGGAUGUCAACUUUGAGGAGACAUGGCAGAGACUGAAGGAGAUGAGGUCAGAAGAAGUGAGCCUGAAGAAAAGAGAGUUGAAGGUAAAUGUUCGUCGUCUGGAGCUAAAAGGCAUCUCCCCCGUGGGAUAGUGAUCCAGCUGACAGGAACAGAAGGAGAGUGGGACAAUCUGGAUGACAGUGAGCUCAUCUUCUCUCUAGACCACCAUGAGGACUAUCCACCUAUGUCUCUCUCCAGGGAGAGGCAGCUUUCCGUGGAGGACGACAGCAGGUUGCACUCCCAGUCUUUUCACGUCCCUCUCUCUCCUUCCUCACCUGGUUCUUUGGGGAACUGUUCCACCAGUAAUCCUGGUUUCCUCUCACCAGGACCCUCCUCACCUACCCACAGACCCUUUUUAAGCCUGGUCAAGUCUCUCUCCACGGAGCUGGAGCUGAAAGAAGGUUCCACCCUUCGACCCAAGCCCCUCCUGAACCUCGUGAAGUCCAUCUCCACUGAGAUCUCCCGUUCAGAACCUGAGGUGUCGUCGUCCAAGUCGGACUCCCGUCUCAACCUUCACUUGUGGAAGCAGCUGACUCAGUCAAAAAGCCGCAGCAACGGCGACUCUCGGACUGCUCCCCCGUCUCCGGGCUCUCUCUCUCCAAAUGGAGAACCUCUGAGAGGUGGCUUCUUUAAACUGGAACUAGAGGACACCAGGAGAAAGCUCUCAGAGGCUGUGCAGGAACCCCUGAGCAGCAUGUUCAGCAAGAUCAUGAGAGAAGAGAGCGGAGGGAGCCCCAAGUACCAGUCCAAGAUCCAGGGGUUCCACCAGCUCAGCUGCAAAAGUCUGACUCAGGAAGGCAGCGUGGACACGGUGUUUUCAGAGUCUCCUGUGAGGAACUCCAUAAAAUCAGAGGCUGAGGUGUUCGACUGGCCUCCGGUCAGGAGGUUCCACCACAGUUCCUGUCCUGUGUAUCAGCACAGACAUGACCAGGAGCUGGAAAUAUCUACAGAUGGUGAUGUAAUGCAAGUAACAUCCACAGGAGCACAGCGACAGAUGAGCGGACCACCUGCUGGGCCUCAGGUGCCAGCUUUGAAAAAGACCUCACCUACUCCUCACCCUCUGCCACACAUGAGUUUAUUCUGUGUGGGAAUGUUGUCCUACAUUUAUUUCAUUCUUCCUCUCAGUCCAUACCUCUCUGGCAUGGUUCUGGGGUUAGGGCUGGGCUUCUUGUUAGGUCUGCUGCUCAUCAGGGUGGGUUCCUGCAGGUCUCACUGUCUGGGCUCUGAACUUAAACUGGAACAGUCUCUGCUCGGGGAGAAGAUCCAGACAGACGGUGUUUUUGGGCCUGAACCUGAGAUCCUCAAGGGCUGGAUGAAUGCGGUCCAGGAUUACGACCCAGACACCUACCAUACAGCCCAGACUCACUCCGUGUUUGCCACCUUGGAGGGUUCCUGCCUCCGCCUGGACUCCCCCCGCAUCAACAUCAGCCGCAGGGCCACUUGUGAUGAGAGAAUCCCAGAGGCCACUUUUGUCCAAUCGCGCUGCUUCCAGCUCACACACAGCAAAGUGUUUUUGCUUCCAACCAUGUUGGCCCGCAAGAGGACUUGGAAUCCAAAAUAUCCCAUCUGCCUCCAACUGGCCUCAACAGGAGAGUCGCAGGACCACGAGGGGGGCAUUUUGAAGGACAAUGCAGAAGAAGAGUCCGAUGCCCCGCCCACAAACCCAAAACAAGGCUUCUCUGAACCCUUUAACAAAUUCCCGACCACACUCUACCUGUUCGGCCGCACAGGACGAGAGAAGGAAGAGUGGUUUCGUCACUUCCUGUUUGCAUCUAGCAAGAAUCAAAGGGAAAAGGAGGCGGAGACUGAGAGGCCAGACAGAUGUGGGUCCAGAUCUGGUGAUCCUGGAUCAUGUUCAAUCGCUAAAGACAGCUCCAGCAGCAGAGUGGGCAGCAGCGACGAUGACGCUCCCUGUUCCACACCCGCAGCCCCCUCAGUCCCUGCAGCUCCGCCCACUCACACCUCCAGCAGCACCAGGAACCCUUCGCUGCUGGACUACCACAGCUACAUGACUCGUCUCCUGGCCACAGAGGAGACCAGCAGCCCUCUCUCUACUCCAGGAGGGGGCAGCAGCGCCGUGACCAGCCCCACUGUCAGAGAGACCACUUGCACAUGUGACCUCCUGGAGCAUCCUGGGAACAGUCCGAUGGCCUGGGCUGACGCUCUCAUUGGCAGAAUCUUCUGGGACUUCCUGAGAGAGAAAGCCUGGGCUGAUUGGGUAUCACAGAAGAUCCAGAAGAAGCUCAACAAAAUCAGAUUGCCUUAUUUCAUGAACGACCUGACCCUGACUGAGUUGGACAUGGGGAACUCCAUGCCACACAUCACUGCUGCCUCUAAACCAGUGCUGAAUCACAGAGGUCUGUGGGUGGAGCUGCAGCUGGUGUACACUGGUGCUCUGCAGAUGACCCUGGAGACCAAGUUCAACCUGGCCAAACUGGGCAAAGAGGGAAGUCAGGAGACGGAGAGUGGGACUGAAACUCAUACUUUACGCAGCAGUAGAACCGUCCUCAGUGUGUUGGCAGACAGUGAUGAGGAGUCGUCCAGCGCUGGUUCGUCUGAUGAGGAGGAGCUUCUUCCCUCUGAGCCUCAGACUUUAGUCGGGGAGAAAGGACUGACGGCGACAACUGAGAGUGGAGGCAGAACUGGGAGGAAGAUUUUGAAAUUCAUGGACAAAAUCACCAAAUCCAAGUAUUUCCAGAAGGCCACAGAGAAUGAGUUCAUCAGGAAGAAGUUUGAAGAGAUGUCCAACACUCCGCUGCUGCUGACCGUGGAGGUCCAGGAGCUCUCAGGAACCCUGGUCAUCAACAUCCCUCCGCCGCCCACUGAUAGGAUAUGGUACAGUUUCUGUGUUCCACCUAAACUGGACCUGCAUGUACGGCCAAAGCUGGGGGAGAGGGAGGUGACCUUCUGCCACAUAACAGAGUGGAUCGAGAGGAAGCUGCAGGACGAGUUCCAGAAGGUCUUUGUUCUGCCAAACAUGGAUGACAUCUACCUACCCCUGAUGUAUUCUGGGAUGUCUGUGGACUCCGCAGUGACCACAGAGAAGAUUCCACCUGAGAUCCACAGGACAGAGUCAGAGGAGGAGCGAAGCUGAAGAGAAGCAGAGGAUGAACGUCAACAACGUUAUCUUUUAUUGAUUUGUUCACGUAAGUGUGUAUAUAUUCAACAACUGUGUUUGCUUGUCUUUGGAUAAUGGUUGAUUAAUAAAGCCCUUUAAUAAUCACCAC